UCGCUCGCUUCCUGGUUGCUGCAGCUUUGAAUGUGUUGUGGACUGAUUUGGAAUGAAAGCGCUUUCCCAGCACUGGGUUGCGUCGGUGCAUUUAGCGUUGAGUCUUAUUGGGCUUCCAUACGCCGUUGGCACAAGUGGGACCUGCUGGAAAAACAGCAUUUCCAGUUUCUGUGCAUCCAGAUCUGCCUUCAUGUCUUCAGCCGCGCACAUCAAGGCUCGUUGCCCAGUAUAUCCCGGCUCAGACACAAGACGCUUUCCAGUCCCUGAUGACAAAGUGGACUGGGAGACAGACUGGCCCCAGUAUAACCCUGUUAACUACACCGCCCCAGUUGUGCUGAAUAAGCCUGUUUGGGCUGACCCAGAUAUUGGGGCAUUUUCCCUGCAGUUCAAUUCUUUGGAUGGAUCUGUCGAGAGGAAAAGCCACAAGGGCCCAUAUCGUAUAAAGAAUGGCAGUCCACUUAAUCCACAUGGAAGAACUGGACUAGAAGGCCGAGGACUAUUGGGCAGGUGGGGUCCUAACCAUGCUGCUGACCCAAUAGUUACCAGGUGGAAGAGAGACUCUGCAGGACUGCCUGUCCACCACAUUAACUCUCAGCUACCUUUGCUUCAGUUUGUGUCCAUCAAGAGGAUUGACUGUGGGGAAUGGGCCAUCCCAGGGGGUAUGGUGGACCCUGGAGAGCGCAUUUCUCAAACAUUGCAGCGGGAGUUCUCAGAAGAGGCAAUGAACUCUCUGCAAGCAUCUCCAAGUAAUAGGCAAGAGAUCCAAAAGCAGAUCACUGAGCUUUUCAACUCACCCGGUCUUCAGGUGUAUAAAGGUUAUGUAGAUGAUCCAAGAAACACAGAUAAUGCUUGGAUGGAGACAGUUGCAGUAAACUUCCAUGAUGAAUCAGGUAAUAGUGUUAGUGAGCUUCCAUUGCAAGCAGGCGAUGAUGCAGGUCAAGUGAGUUGGAUUGACGUUGACUCAUCCCUGGCCCUUUAUGCAAGUCACUCGCAUUUCUUGGAGACAGUUGCCAAGGAAAAAAAUGCCCACUGGUAAAGAGGAAAUUUUAAAAAGUGCCUUUCUGUCCUCUGUCAGGAAAUAACUGAAGGGAAAUCUUAUUUAACAGAAGCCUAAUGUGAAGAAAAUCAGUCCGGUCCUGGGGCCGGUUUCACCAGGUAUACGUACAUUACAACUUAGCCUAGUUGUGGUUGUAAAUGGGCACUUGAUGAGAGUAAAUGAGCAUUCCACCAUUAUAUUUAGGUAGGACAUAACCCUAUGUAUAAACUAAAUGUUUACCGAAGCCUCUGACCAGGAGUAAUGGAUGGAAUAAAAAAGCAUACUUAUUUAAUGACAUCAGUGAGUUCAUGUUUUGGCUGACAGUCUUCAAUCCUUUUGCAUAUAUGAUGACGUUGGCAUUUACACUCAUUUACAUUUACAGGAGAAAACAUUAUGUAAAAAACCUCUUCAGGAUUAAACCGAUCUAAUGGUGCACUUUCCUGUGUACUCCUCCCAGUGUCAAGUUUCAACAUAUACGAAAUAUAUAAAAUAUUAAAAAUAAUAAAUGUCAA